AUGACUAACCAACCACAUAAGCUUUUCUAUAAAGGAGUUGACAAUGAUUUUGUCAUUUUUGUUGAUGACUUUUCAUUAUAUGAGAAAUUCAGAAAAGGUGACACCACCAUCCCACUUAUUGACAUUGUUUCAGUAUUCAAAGUGUUUAUCAACAGACAAGGUGGUGUUGAUGGUAUAUUAGAUGAAGCUUCAAAACAAGACUUGACAAACAAUUUCAAAACUAGUAAUGCUGACGAAGUUAUCAAGAUUAUUUUGGAAAAAGGAAGUGAUAAGCAUAAUGCUGAGGUUGAUAAUGGAAUCGCUUCGCAUAAUGAUAGUAUUGGUGCUGGCAACACUGGUAAUUAG